AUGGACUUCAGUAGUGAUUCCACCAGAGACGAGGGCGACCUCAUUGUUACCCUCAAGGCCUACAAUCCAGGUCCUCUGUUCGUCGAGCCUGAGCGCCAGAUCAGACUUACCCCCAAAAACACAUCUAUCUUCAUUGGCAGAGCCUCAAAGGUCCCAUCCAAGGGAUUUGUUGCCGGCCGCGCGAAUGCUUGGUUUGAGAGCCCGGUGAUGUCCCGCCAGCAUGCUGAGUUGAUAGCAAACUUUGAUAACAAGAGUAUUUCCAUCAAGGACAUCGGCUCACUUCAUGGCACCUUCCAUACGAGCAACGGAACCGAGAAACGACUGCCCGAGAAGGAGCAAGUCAAGCUUGCUAACGGAGACAAGAUUCGAUUCGGGAUCGACAUCUAUCGAUCGCAACAAACUUUCCCACCCUCCACAGUGGAGGUACACAUGAAUUGGAGUCAACCAAUAUCUGAAACCAAAGCCAUUCUCUCCUCCACCAACAAGUUCACCGUUCCCGACUACGACGAGAGCGACAACGAUAUCAUCAUGGAGAACCGCACGCAUGGAGUUACUGAGUCUAUUGAUCUGACAGGUGACAGCCCAUCCUUCAAGUCCCGAUACACGCCUUCGAACACCAUUGUCGUUCAGAGAAACGAGACGUUGAGCUCAGAUUUCAUCGAUCUCACCUACGAGCCUGACCACGAGGCUGAACGCGAGUUGGAUCUUCCAAGCCACGCCGAGACCGAGGUUGACCUCGCCGUCUCCGAAGCCGGCGCUUCCGAGCCAGAGAAGGAAGAUCAUAACUCAGAGCAAGAAUCCGAGCUAGAUGUUGAACCCCACAACGAUCUUCGCUGGAGACCCGGUGGGAUUGUGUCUGACUCCGACUCCGACUGCGACUCGGAUGGAAUGAGCUAUUGUUCGGAUGCCGAAGGUGAACGGGAGGAUUUGCACAAUGCCGAACGGCGCUCUCUGUCGCCUAUCAUUGCCAUGCACGACGCGACCAUGGAAAUGGGUGGUUGGGAUGAUUCCGAUGAUGGCGACUCUGUGUCGGACUCUUAUGAUUCCGAUGAAUCGGAAAGCCGGCAUCUACCAUUCUCGGAGGACGAAGAGCACUCCAACAUGGAAGAUAUGGCCGUUGAAAACAGCGAUAGCGACGACCACAGUGAUCUUGAGGACGAUAACUCCAGUAUAUCACAAAUGGACGCAGAUUCUACAUCUGACUAUUUCGAAGAGGAUGAAGCACUUAUCUUCCGCGACGAGAACUACUUCGAUGAGAAUGACAACAUGGAUUCUGAGAGUGACGACCAAGUUGAGACAAGCCUGUUCGACCAGUCCCAUAAGGACUCUUCUCCAUCCUCAUCACCGGUGGCCCAGCAAGCGAAGAACGUGCUCAACUUUGGACACCCACAUACUGGAUUGUUCGUCCCUCCCCCGCCCAGUAGCACAGAUGCUCCAGCCGCCUCUCAAUUUUUGUCACCUUGGGCUUCGACUCCUCCCCCAUACCUUGAUAAUGCGAAUUUAUCGAAGUUCGCAGACGCAAUGAAGGCUAUAUCUAAACCUUCGGGCUUCGCUCAAGGACAACCAGGGAUUGUUUCCCUCGCAUCUUUCAACUCCGCCGGACAGAGAGAGAGACAGCCCAGCCCCUCAGAUGCCGCUAUGGCAAAGUCCCAUCCGGCCUGCGAUCAACUUUACAAGUCAACUGCGCAGGUCUUGGGCGAGAAAACGGGAAAGUUUGAGUUUUUCGCUGCCCGAGAUAUCAAUAAGAGUCGCGCGGCUGUAAUGUCUGAAAAGCCAUCGGCACCUAUUAAGCCACCUACACCUACAGUGGCCCGGCCGCCUUCGCCUGUUCCACUAAUCUCGGCGAUACGAGAAACCUUGGGUUCUGCUACCGCCAACAAUGCAGGCGAGACUUCGAACAAGCAAACCCGACCCCCUAUUUCCCCAACUGCGAAACCGGUGGCCUCCGCUUGGACGGAGCCGACCCCUGCCAAGGCUAGUUCCCUACCUCACAGUAAAAUUGUACCAGACACGCUGCACUUUGGGAUGCCCGACCGUGCUGCGCUCAGUCUCUCGCCUCCUGUGCAGUCUGCCUGGAUAGCUACGGGCAACUCUUUCAUCAAUAGCCCUCCUAAUUCCGUGUCAGAGAAGCGAACGCGGCUGCAAAGCCCCGAGCUUGACAUGACUUCUGCGUUCACAUUCCAGCAGAGCAAGUUGGCGGCUAAGACCAAGGUGGAAAACAUUCGGCGCCUUCCCAUCCAGGAUCUGCUGGCCAAAGAGGCGUCGCCCGUUUCAAGAGAAUCGGAGACUCCUAUUGAUGGUACUUCGGCCAAGCGCUGUGCCUCCUUGCAGUCAAGUUUUUCCGCCAACGCUACUCGCACCGAUGCCUAUGCGGAGGAUAAUGUGGCGAAGAUUUUUACUUUGGCAAACGACACAACAUCCCACGCCGCUACCCCAGCCGAGGACGCUACAGCUAAGAGUCUCGCGUCGGGGUCUCGCUCCGCUAGGCAACCCGUUAGCGUCCAGUACUCUACAAUCAUUGAACAGUCUCCUGCCGCGAGACCGCCCAAGCGAUGUUUCAACACCUUUGUUGAGGACUUAAGUACAGUCAAGUCAGUGCCCAGAGACAGAGCCAAGGUAGAAACUGUGAAGGGUCUGGCCACCCACAGUGCUGCUCCUGAAUCCGCAGCAGGUUCAUUGAUGGAGGCUGAUGUCGAGACGAGACCGGCAAAGAGACGUCGAUUCACAAAAAUGGCGACGUAUGGACGUCGGGUUGCUGAGGUUGCAGCUUUCGUUGGCCUAGGUGCGGCUGCCGUCUUCUCCACAUUGGUUGCUACAGCUCCGCAGUUCGCUUGA